AUGUGUGCUGCAAAAAUUCUGAAAGAGGGGAAACUUGCGGACAGGGAGAUCUCUAUCACCUGUGUGCUCACUCCUUGCCGGCUGAUGGGUGUAUGUGGGAUACUCAUGACUUUAGGAAUCAUUGGAGCAGCCACCUGGGCCAUAGUUAUGUAUUUCACCGUGGAGGAAGAUAAAGGAUACUACGAUGUCCAAGUAAAUUCUGCUGACCAACAUCUCAGAGUCUUUGACUCUGCUCAGAAGAGGUGGCGUCAGGUGUGUUCCUCCUCAGCUAAUGAGCUGCUUGCUAGUGUCAGCUGUGAGGAAGUGGGCUUUGUCAGCGUGGCUAAUUACUCCAUUGCAUCCGUACAAGAUGUCAGCAAUGAUGGUGGAGAGUUUUUCUGUGUCAAUACUGAAGAGCUGAGCUAUGGCAAGAAAAUCAAAGACUCAUUGUUUCCAUGUGACUGUGAGAGCAAGAUGGUACUUACGUUGUUAUGCCAAGACUGUGGCAGGCGUAGUUUUGCAGCAGACCGCAUCAUCGGCGGCGUGGAAGCAAGGCAUGGUGUCUGGCCGUGGCAGGUCAGCUUGCAGUAUGAUGGCGUUCAUCAAUGUGGUGGUUCCAUCAUCUCAGAUCGCUGGGUUGUCUCUGCAGCUCACUGCUUCCCCAAGACCAAACGUUUCAUCAAUCAUUGGCGUGUGUUGUUGGGAUCCAACUACAACAAACCAGCCAAUGCCACCGUGGCGAAAGUGAAAACUAUUGUGUACCACGGCAGCUACCUACCUUUUGUGGUUGAAAACAUUGACGACCAUGGCAGGGACAUUGCUGUACUGGCUCUGGCAAAUCCAGUCACACUCAAUGAAUACAUCCAACCCAUUUGCCUGCCAGCGCAUGGCCAAAGACUGACAGAUGGCCAGAUAGGCACAGUUAUCGGCUGGGGAAUAUUAGGAUCUGGUGAUCAAACAAAUGUUCUCCAAGAGGUGAACGUCCCCAUCAUCAGUGAUGCUACGUGUAAUUCGCCUGAAUAUUACGACAACCAGAUCACCACUGGUAUGUUCUGUGCUGGCUUUGAGAAGGGAGGCGUGGAUUCCUGUCAGGGAGAUAGUGGCGGCCCCUUUAUGGCAGAAGACCGCCUCUCCAAAACCAGCCGCUAUCGUUUACUGGGCUUGGUGAGCUGGGGAAUCAAAUGCGCCGAGCCAAAAAAGCCUGGCGUUUACACUAGAGUGUCCCGAUUUCUGCCUUGGAUAUCUACCGCCAUGAGGAACUAUAACGACUCACAAGGGUUUCACAAAAUGGCACGGACAUGA